ACACCAGGCACAGGCGCGACUGUUCGCAGCGCUGCAUCGUCCGGUUACCAUGACUACUACGGCUACCCGGUAGGCGACGGCUACGGCCUUGGCGGCAGGAGUUCGUCAAUCAACGUCAACGCCUACUCGACGCUGAGUCAGGCUCAGACGGGCUUCGGCCUCGGCCUCGGUCUUGGCUUCGGCCUCGAGGCCGGUCUUCUCUUGGCCCCACCGGAAGCGUCGUGUCUGCGUGUCGCCCACUCAAACGGCCCACCACCUCCCGAACAGACCGACUACUACCUCCACUCAGGGACGGCAACGCCUACGUCAACGUCGACGGCAAAAGCAACGCCAGCGUCUGCAUCGACUUCAACGUCGGCGUCGGCGUCAACGUCGACGGCGACGAUGCAGUUCGGUUUACUUCCGCCACCUCCUUCUGUAUGUCUGCUUGACAACUCCACGCCGACGAGUCUGCGGCCUCUCGGAUUUGGGACUGUGGAAGAGGACGGACAGGAUGAAAACGAUGAAGAUGAAGACGACGACGACGACGACGACGACGACGACGACGACGAGGAGGAGGAGGAGGACGACGACGACGAUGACGGCAACGAUGGGGGGGGUGAAGAAGAAGAAUGA